CCAAAAAUAUGGCAGCACUAACCUGCAACCCGAUGGAGUUGAGUCCUUGCAUGAGUGCAAUCCUCUCAUCUGCACCCCCGUCGGCUUCAUGCUGCUCGAAGCUGAAGGAACAGCAACCAUGCUUCUGCCAGUAUGAGAAGAACCCCCAACUCAAGGGAUACAUGAACUCCAGCAACAGCAACAAGGUGGCUAAUUUCUGUGAAGUCCCAAUACCCAAGUGCUGAACUACAUACCGCUCCCCUUAGUUAUCUAAAGUUUUAGCAGAAGCGUAUCCUUGUAAUGGUUUUGUGUGAGGUCUGGACCGGUGUUAUGACGUGUCUUGCCUUUUUCUCUUUAUUUGCUUAAGGCUGGUGCUGUCUUUAUAUAUUAAUGAAGUAUUUUGUAUUUUAUGUGAAACGUUCAGUCUUUAUGGAGCCAGUAGGAGGAUUUCUUUGUUUUGUUUCGUCACCCUUUUGGUUCUGUAACUUAGUUCUAUAUGAGAUUUUGUGAA